AUUGAUUUAUUUUUAGACAUGGAUCAGGAACAUUUUCGGCAAAGGGAAUUGAAUUAUGUAUACAAUAUUUCGCUGAUCUAGGACAUGAAGAUAUUAUUGCAUUCAUUCCACAACAUCGACGGGGACCACCUGGGUCUAAAUUGAAUAUCAUCUUAAAUAAUUUAGUUAAAAAAGGGCAAGUCUGUUUUACGCCUAGCCGUAUAGUCCAAAACACGAGGAUGACAUGUCAUGAUGACCGAAUUAUACUCAAUUACGCCCAUAAAUGUGACGGAGUGGUUGUUUCAAAUGACAACUAUCGAGAUUUAUAUGAUGAAAGUGAAGAAUUCAAAGAGAUCAUUGAAAAUAGACAAGUAAUGGUGACAUUUGUCAGGGAUGAAAUAAUCGUUCCAGAAGACCAAUACAAUCGAAGAUCAACUAUCCGGAAUCUUUCAGAUAUUUUGUGUUUUCCAGAAUAAAUUUAUACUGUCUAACUUUAAAAUAUA